UGUAACCUUUAGCAGAAUAUUGUUACCCCAGGUAAACAUUUAGGUCAUAGCACGGUCUAGUUAUAGUUUAUUGACUGGACUUGGGGGAAUGAGAUACAAUCCAAAAGUAUUUUGUAUGGUUGCGUACUUUGCCUGGUUUACUGAACCAACCAUAUCCUUUCCUAGACUUUCUUUCCAGCAGCAAAAAUCUCCGGCCAGUGUGUGUGUGUGUGUGUGUAUACGUACAUUCGUGCUUGCCUGUGUGCGCGCGCGCGUGAUCAAACAGGCUCUCGUGCGCACGAGCCGCGCCUCAUGAACUUUACGCGAGCAUCUCCUUGAUUUCCAACUUGUUUUCGUCUGACAUCAGGGCACUUUACCCGGAAUGGCCGUUUUUCAGGAUUUUGGACUCGAAACGUGAUUGAGAAAAGCCCAAUGCGUAGCUGGUGCGGAUUACGCGGAGGGGAAUACAUCCACCUAGUGCAUCUGACCACUCGACUCGCCUGCCUUACACACGUUUACUCACACUACACGAGCAAGAAAGAAAUCGCGAAGAUGCCGAGGAGCGACACAAGCUUCGAUCAGGAAGAAGACGCACAUGAAGCGCAGACGAACCUGCGACUUGCAUGGAUACGAUGAUUGACGUUUAACUCGGGAAAGUUUUUGUGGAAGACACUGCCGAUUUGUAACAAAUAGAUGGUAAAUAAAGUACUAUGCCUAGCUUGAGUCCUGCGUUCGUGCGGAUGCCCUUGGCGUAAAGUGCCCAAGUGUCCUGUGGUUCCUGUAACGCUCCUCCACCAGGCGCAUCGCCAUCAGUCCAGUUCUAUGCGCCCUCCGCCUGCGCACACGCCGAGCUGUUUACUAGCCCAGCCGAGGAGGGAUGCAGAAUCGAUACAGAACACCUUUCAGAUCAGGGCUUCGGCCAUUUCUGUUAGGCCACUGCUUCUUCUCGUCGGUUCUUCUUUUAUGCCAGGCUGAGCUUCAGAGGUCAUGCUCACAGCUUGGCUCUCAGAGACAAGGUGAACACUGCCAGUCACUGUGCCACUGCAGAUACUACCCACCUCUACCUCCUCCACCUCCACCUCCACCCCCUCCUCGGCUACUCAUCCUCACAGUUGCUGAGCCUCCAGUUCCUCUGCCAAGGCCAUGGUGGAAGGACGUUGUGGUUGUAACAGUAGGAUGCACUUCAGCUUUCUUUCUCCUUUUAAUUCUACUCAUCUGCUACAAGGCCAUUAAAUGGAAACCUCUUAAAAAACAGGAAAAUGGCACCAGUCGUGGAGAAUAUGCCAUGAGCUGCCGCAAGAGAAAGAUCACUAAUAACGUCGUAGUGUAAAAUAAACCCAUUUUACGAGUUAAUAAUUUCUCUGCAUUGCUGCAUCUUCAGCACUUACCGUUCCAAUGUGCAGCAGACGUGCUUACCCAAACGUACAUCUGAUGUCCAAGCAAAGAAUGGAGAACCAGAACAAGGUUAACUUAUUGAAAAACUGCAUCCUGGGCUGUUACACUGCUGCUCUGCACACACAGAGCUCUCACUCACAUGCACAACUGCAAACUGUGGCAUAGAGACAGUGAUCUAUAUUUGCAUGAUUUAUUUUUAUUUCAGUACCGAUAUAUCAAUAUAUAUUACCAGUUGCUUUAUUUUACAUUUGAUGCACUGGUCUCAAAUCUAAUUUCUAAGCAUAGUGUUUUCUAUUUAUUUAAUAAAUUAGGAUGAUUUAUUUUCUUGACAUUGCUGUGGGACACUGCAUGUCUUCUGAUGAGGCGAUGCUUAAAACCAGACAUGGCUGUGUUGUUCAGCUGUGUCUUAGGGAAACUGAACAAAUGAGUUUGCAUGAUAUAUUGUGCACACAUAGCUGAAAUCCUCCCUGUAGAAAUUUUGUACUCUAUCAUAUGUUUGAAAGAUUGGUUGCCUUGCAUAGUCAAGGCUGUGGAUUCAUAUUUGUGCUGUACUUAUAAAUGUUAAUGUGAUAUAACAUUGAUACAAGCCUAUGCACAGAUACUUACACAACGUGUUACAUCAUCAUUCUAGGAUGAACCUGGAGGUCUUCUGCAUUAUUCCUGUAGUACAGCGUGGUUUCAUAUUUGCAUUGAGGGUAAAACACCUGUCUUGUAUCCUACUUAAGGCUGGCAUUCUAAACUCUUGGCUGUGCAAAAUUCUAGUGAUUACAAGGACAGUGGACAAUAACACAGGAUGAAGUCAGUCAUGUUCAGAUAGUGAUUACAUGCUAAUUGUUCCCUUCACAAUUCACCAGACAAGGGCCCUUCCACAAAGGUCUACUAAGAUGUCUGAUGAACAUCAGCACUUCACUGAUGAAUGAUUGCAAGAAAGAUAGCAGGAUUUCUUUUGCCCUAAAACCUCAUACAGGCUGUCACUAGAAAGAUUAACAAAUGUCUGAAAGGUUGCUGAUUUUAUAAUAACAUUAUAAUAAGUAUCAUGCUAUAUAUUAAUGAAAAAUACAUUAGCAAAGGGACAAAUCUUGGGAUAUGCAUUACAGUUGGUUUGUUUCAAUGGUUCAAACAUCAUGUUCUCUGUCUGAGUGCUGUCUCCCUGUCUCUCUAUCUAAAUACAAUUGUGAUGUUUGUUCUCAUCUGCACUGUAUUGUAGAAAAUCUCAAACAGCUAUAUGUAAGAUUAUAUAAAAUGUAUUAUAUUUACAAAUGAGAGGGAAUGAUGCAUGAAUGUAAACAAUGAUUUUAAGAUACUGUACCUUCUGGACUGUUAUUCACUCAUCCAGAGUGAUUAAAAAUGUUUAUACAUAGUAGAAAAUAAAACCAUGCAAACGGAUAGUUCUGUUUCUAAUUUAGUGCUCAGUCACAAAGUAUAAAGAAUGUGUAGAUAUUGUUGUUUUUAUCCAGUGUAGUAUGCUAAUUACAGCCGGGAGAUGAGUUAUGUCCAGCUA